GCAUAUAAAGUUGAUUUUCGAUAUCAUAAUUAUACGGAAAUGCAUGACUUUCUUCUUGAAACAUCAUCACGUUAUCCAAAUUUAACAUCUCUUUAUUCAAUUGGAAAAACUGCUCAGAAUCGUGAUCUGUGGGUAAUGGUCGUUUCAUCAUCACCUCAUAAACACAUGAUUGGAAAGCCUAAUGUUAAAUAUGUUGCUAAUAUUCAUGGCAAUGAAGUUGUCGGACGUGAACUCAUGCUUCAUUUAAUUCACUUACUGGUCACUCAAUAUGGCACUGAUGAUCACAUCACUUGGCUAUUAGAUAAUACAAGAAUUCAUAUUUUACCAUCAAUGAAUCCUGACGGUUUUGCAAAGGCAAAAGAGGGAUAUUGUGAAGGUACUACAGGAAGGGGUAAUUCUCGGGGUUUUGAUCUCAAUAGAAAUUUUCCGGAUCACUUUGAAAAAGUAUAUAGUGAAGUUCAACUAGAAACUGAAGCAAUUAAACAAUGGAUAUCAAAAAUUCAGUUUGUUUUAUCAGGCUGUUUCCAUGGCGGUGCUCUAGUUGCAAGUUAUCCAUAUGAUAAUAUACCCAAUAGAAGAUCUAGCAGUUCCAAACGUCAAAGAGCAAGUUUAUCACCUGAUAAUGAUGUAUUUAAACAUUUAUCAAUGGUUUAUUCAACAAAUCAUAAAACAAUGCACCUUGGUAUAGGAUGUUCAUAUGGAAGCAGAUCGUUUAGUUUUAAAAAUGGUAUAACAAAUGCUGCUGAAUGGUAUCCAUUACCUGGUGGUAUGCAAGACUUUAAUUAUAUUCAGCAUGGUUGUAUGGAAGUAACAUUUGAAAUAUCAUGUUGUAAAUAUCCACCAGCAAAUCAGCUGAAAAAAUUCUGGGAGGAAAAUCGUAUCGCACUUGUUAGUUAUUUGGCUGAAGCACACAAAGGUGUUCAAGGGUUUGUCAUUGAUGAAUUUGGAAAACCAAUUGACAGAGCUUCAGUCAUUGUGAAAGGUCGUGAUAUAAAAUUUUCAACAACAAAGUAUGGUGAAUUUUGGAGAAUUCUUUUGCCUGGUAACUACACACUUCAGGUUUCUGCAGAAGGAUACAGUCCAAGUGAAAUUGAUUUUACAGUUUUUGAACAGCAUCCAACACGUUUGAAUGUUACACUACACAGAACAAAGGCUGAACAAGAAAAAAAAGGUUUAUGUGGUUAUAAUUUAUCCGCCAAAAGUUUUAUGAGACGAGCAAAUUCCAGUGAGUUUCCAUGGAUAGUUGGUGUUUAUCGAAAAUCGGGUACAUAUGUUUGUGCUGGUGCAUUGCUAAGUAAUGGAACUGUUUUGACUGUUGCUCAUCGAUUACAAGGUUUACAAGCCCACCAUUUGAUUAUCCGUAUUGAUCAAUCGAAUCAACGUGUUCAAGAAAUAAUAAUAAAUGAAAAUUUCAAUACAUCCAAAUCCGAACACAAUUUUGCACUUCUUCGAUUUACUGAACUAGCUGAAUUUGCAGUUGAAAAGCUAAUUUCUUUACCCAAACAGAAUAUUAAUACUAGCAAUUGUAUCAUGGUUGAUUGGGAAGCUAGAGGCCGCGAAAAUAAAAUAAAUCGAAUAGAGGUUGAAAUCAUCAAACAUGAUAAUUGUUCUGAAUUACCUUUUAAUAAGAAUAAAAAACUUUGUCAGACUGAGCCAGGAAAUCCAAUUGUCUGUGAAAUAGCUGAUGUUAGUGGAAGUUUGACCAAGAAUUAUCGUUUAGUUGGUUUGACUGCUACAUUUUGUAAUGGCAGUCUUCCUCAACAACCAGUUUAUAUUACCAAUGUUGUAGAUGAAGCAUCUUGGAUCAAUAAAAAACUCUAAAAAAAGUUUCGUCAAGUAUUGUCUUUCCAAAUUAGCAGAUAGCUAUAACAGUUGAUCAUAUUAAAAAUUAAUUU